ACUAGUAACGGCCCCGGAAAUUGUGUGCAUGUCUAGCACAGCUUUCCGCUUUAUUUGCUGCCCACAAAUGUCGUUGAGUGACAUAUCUAUACGUGUGUACGCUCUUGUAGUUGUGAUCCGUGGAUAUGGUGUUAAUGUAAAUAUAUUGAAGUAACGAAGUUGUGAUUGGGGUUUUUUAAUCAAGUGAUUAUUGUUUAUCAACCGAAUAGUUAUUAUCUAUUCACGGUAAUUACCGAUAUUUAAUUUCAGGACACAAACACAUAUAUAAAGAAUUUCGAAUAGGAGUCACUUGAUUCAUCUAUAAUGACAAAGAGACGAAAGUUGGUUCCACCACCUGCACCUCGUAUAAAAAAUGAAGUGAAAGAAGAAAAAUCGAUAAUGGGUACUGGCGAUGUGACGAAUGCUCGGGACCGCUUGAAGGGUGCAUUACAAGAACUUAUGGAUCAGAGUGAUGAUUCUUCAGUGUCAAGCCAUGAUGACACAUCACAGUCGGAUGUAUUCAACCAACAAGCAGCUAUUAAGAAACCACUGUCUGUUAAAUCUGAACCUGUGGUUGUUCAAUCUCAGCAAGCAAUCCGGAAUUUACGUCCACAGAGGAAACGUCGUCGUAGGGAAGCCAUAAAUGAUACUGCAUUUCACCACACCUAUGUCAUGAAGCUGUUUGACCGAAGUGUGGAUUUAGCCCAGUUCAGAGAGGACACACCACUCUAUCCAAUCUGCAGGGCGUGGAUGGCCAACCAGCCUCGUAACACCAACCUCACACCAAAAUUACGCACACCAACUCCACCUCCACCGGAAGAUGCACCCAGUGGAGCUGAGGGAGCAGCUUCAGAUUCAGAAAUUGUAAGAGAUACCUACAAAAUGCCACCACCUGUUCCUCUUCCAGGGGAUUCAAAAAAGAAAUUACGGGUGCCAUCUCCUGUACACCAACCUAAGGAUGAGCACAGUACCAAUCAAGAUUCUAAACCUAAUUUAAGCCGAGAGGUUCUGCUUCACAGUCACUUGCUUCAUUGGGCUGCUGUUCGUAAGAAGUGGCAUGCUGCAUCACACAUAAAUGAAGCACGUUAUAAUGAAAGUGGACAGAUUCUGAAAGCAAUCUACAAGAGAGCACAGAAAGCGUAUGAAUGAGCAACUAGCCAGCUAAAGCUACAUAGCAGCAGAAACAUCAUAACGUAAUGUAUUGAAUGAAGUGUUUGAGGCAUAUCAAAUACAUUUGUCUCCAGUGUGUGAUGUAAUAUAUUUUAUAUUAUUUUGCAAUAGCAGUGAUUUGUUUUUAUUUUUCAUUGUGUGAAAAACAUUAAAACUGAAUUGUGCAGAAGUUUGGAUUGUUAUUGUAUGAUUGAGUAAUAUUGAAAAUAAGAGAAAACAAGUUGUGAUCUUAGUAAGCGAAUAAAAUUGAGAAUCUGUGGUGAAUAA